AUGUCUCGUCGCACCUCUGACUCACACCGACACCCUCCGACACCCCCGGCACCCUACACCCUCAUACACCCUCACCCAUCCUCCCCCCGACCUCACCCGCCCCUUGAUUUAUUUUCCACUAUUUUCGGUCGAGCCAACGUCGUACGGCCAGUGUCCCGCCUCUCGCUGCCGCCAGCGACUCCGAGAUGUGAUCUGAAGUACGCGGAGUCUGUAUUUUUAGCUCGCGACGGCUGCUCGCGCUCGACGCACGCGAAUAAUAUAAAAUGUGUAAGGAACGCUCAUAGUGUUGGUGGAGUGAACCGUGAGAUGUGUGCAUUAUGA